AUGAAACUCUUCAACGCUUUGCUACGACGCCUGAAGAAAUCCCCCAAGUGCAAAGCUGAUCGCAACGACAGCAAAGGGGAUGAUUCCAGCAGGACCAAUGACAGUAGUGGCGCGAUCGUCUCCACUGCAGUGUCUGUCAAGAGGUAUCGGACCUCUAAUCAACCCCGCCUUCGAGUUGAUAGCAAGAAAUGUGCGAUGGCCAAAGAGCUCCUACAGCUUUGGAAUAAGCACGAUUUGGAGGGUUCCAGCAAACUGCUGAGUGAUGACUUCCUGGUCGUUUUCAGCGACUACGACCUCACUUGGAAGGACUUCAGCCAUGAGGUACAGAAUCUUUUUGAAUCCUUCCCAGACUUUCAUUUUGACUACCGAAUGAUCGAGGAGAGGGACGAUGUUGUCAUUGUGCACGACCUUAUUUCCAGUGGACACCAUACUUGCAAGCCAUACGCCUUUGGCCCUUGCGAUCCUAUUGAGGCCAGUGGCAGGCUUGUAAAGAACGAUCCUGAAACGGUUGUAUGCUUCUUCGACAAGGAUGGCAAGUGUUGCAAGCAUGAAGUGAUUGCAAGUGGAGAGAUGACUGGCCCCGCUGGUAUCUACACACAAUUGGGGGGAUUCCCACUGAUGUAAUGUACUUCCAGAUUGUUCAAGUUGGGUCUUUCAUUCUCUGCAGCUGUGAGCUACCAGUACCGUACCGGUACGGUACCGGAGGGGCCGAAAGAUAGUUGAGUCGUCGAUUACUCGGGACUCACUGCGAUCUUUCAGGAAGCGAACCAAAGCACCA